CUCCUGUAUCAGACCUCACUGAAUCUGGGGCCGCAGAGAACUCUGUCUCUGCCAACUGGACCACUCCUAUUCAAGGGAUUGUUGAUCAAUACAAUGUUGUGUGUUCAGAGGGUACAGCAAAUCCGGCUUCACCAAUAUCAGAGGAUGGCAGGAAUAACUCAUAUAUGGUAUCUUGUGAGAUGCUAUCGACCGCUGGAGCAGAGUACACCAUCAAUGUGACAUCACAGAGUGGAAAUGAAAACAGUAAUGCUUCUACUGUCACCAUCACAGCUAUACCGAAUAUGGUACUUAUCGAAGCAGGUAAUUCAACCAACUCGUCCUUCACUGCUACGUGGAACCAUCCAGCAGGAGAGAUAGACUCUUUCCAGGUGUUUUGUUAUGAAAAUGACGAAACCCCUGAGGUCAUAACUGAUGUAGGGGCCAACCUCACCUACCAAGUGACUUGUGAGAGUCUACCCACAGCAGGGACUGGUUAUAAUUUCUCUGUGGUGUCUGUUAGUGGCAACAAGAAUGCUACCUCAAAGAUUCAGUUGUACACCUUGCCCAAUAAGGUGAGCGACCUUGGAGAAUCUGGUGCAACCAAUGACUCAGUCUCUGCUACUUGGACCAAGCCUGAUGGUAUAGUUAGUGGCUAUAAUGCAAUCUGUCCUGAUGGAACAAUGCUACCAUUGACUGAAGAUGCUGUCAGUGUGACUUGUACUGGUCUUCCAGCAGAUCCUGGACCUGGGGGAGACCAUACAAUUACUGUUGUAACAUUGAGUAACAACAAAGCUAGUGAUCCUGCUACAGUUAUCAUUACUGCUUUGCCCAAUAAGGUGAGCGACCUUGAAGAAUCUGGUGCAACCACUGACUCAAUCUCUGCAACAUGGACCAAGCCUGCCGGUACAGUCAGUGGCUAUAAUGCAAUCUGUCCUGAUGGAACAAUGCUACCAUUGACUGAAGAUGCUGUCAGUGUGACUUGUACUGGUCUUCCAGCAGAUCCUGGACCUGGGGGAGACCAUACAAUUACUGUUGUAACAUUGAGUAACAACAAAGCUAGUGAUCCUGCUACAGUUAUCAUUACUGCUUUGCCCAAUAAGGUGAGCGACCUUGAAGAAUCUGGUGCAACCACUGACUCAAUCUCUGCAACAUGGACCAAGCCUGCCGGUACAGUCAGUGGCUAUAAUGCAAUCUGUCCUGAUGGAACAAUGCUACCAUUGACUGAAGAUGCUGUCAGUGUGACUUGUACUGGUCUUCCAGCAGAUCCUGGACCUGGGGGAGACCAUACAAUUACUGUUGUAACAUUGAGUAACAACAAAGCUAGUGAUCCUGCUACAGUUAUCAUUACUGCUUUGCCCCUUAGCGUAAACCUGUCUGCCGGAGAUUCUUUGACGUCUUCUGUCAGUGCCAUGUGGCCCUACCCUGGUGGGUUAGUGGAUGUCUUUGAGGUUGACUGCAGCAAUGGUACAGAGAGUAAUGCGACAGUGUUUGUUGGUGAAACUGAUCUUGAAGAGAGCUACAUGUAUCUGGUUAGAUGCGACAGUGUCUGGAGUCCCGGUGAUAACUAUACCAUGGUUGUCACGAGUGUCAGCAGCGGGAAAGAAAAUUCUGCAAGCAUUGUCUUGACUGCGUUACCCCUAAGUGUCAACUUAGUUGCCGGUAACUCUACCACAACGUCUGUGAGUGCAACAUGGGAGUUUCCUGGAGGUGUUGUAGAUGAGUUUAAAGUUGAGUGCAACAAUGGAACUAAAAUGAUGAGUACUGUUGGAGGCAUGGGGUAUCUUGCCUCAUGUGAAGAACUUGAUACACCAGGAGAUAAUUACACCAUGAUUGUUACAAGUGUUAGCAAUGGACAGAGAAACUCAGCAAGCAUCGUACUCACAGCUUUACCCCUAAGCGUCAACUUAGUUGCCGGUAACUCUACCACAACAUCUGUGAGUGCAACAUGGGAGUUUCCUGGAGGUGUUGUAGAUGAGUUUGAAGUUGAGUGCAACAAUGGAACUAAAAUGAUGAGUAGUGUUGAAGGCAUGGGAUAUCUUGCCUCAUGUGAAGAACUCGAUACACCAGGAGAUAAUUACACCAUGAUUGUUACGAGUGUUAGCAACGGACGGAGAAACUCAGCGAGCAUCGUACUCACAGCUUUACCCCUAAGCGUCAACUUAGUUGCCGGUAACUCUACUACAACGUCUGUGAGUGCAACAUGGGAGUUUCCUGGAGGUUUUGUAGAUGAGUUUGAAGUUGAGUGCAACAAUGGAACUAAAAUGAUGAGUAAUGUUGAAGGCAUGGUAUAUCUUGCCUCCUGUGAAGAACUUGAUACACCAGGAGAUAAUUACACCUUGAUUGUUACAAGUGUUAGCAAUGGACAGAGAAACUCGGCAAGCAUCGUACUCACAGCUUUACCCCUAAGCGUCAACUUAGUUGGCGGUAACUCUACCACAACGUCUGUGAGUGCAACAUGGGAGUUUCCUGGAGGUGUUGUAGAUGAGUUUGAAGUUGAGUGCAACAACGGAACUAAAAUGAUGAGUAAUGUUGAAGGCAUGGUAUAUCUUGCCUCAUGUGAAGAACUUGAUACACCAGGAGAUAAUUACACCAUGAUUGUUACGAGUGUUAGCAAUGGACAGAGAAACUCAGCAAGCAUCGUACUCACAGCUUUACCCCUAAGCGUCAACUUAGUUGCCGGUAACUCUACUACAACGUCUGUGAGUGCAACAUGGGAGUUUCCUGGAGGUUUUGUAGAUGAGUUUGAAGUUGAGUGCAACAAUGGAACUAAAAUGAUGAGUAAUGUUGAAGGCAUGGUAUAUCUUGCCUCAUGUGAAGAACUUGAUACACCAGGAGAUAAUUACACCAUGAUUGUUAUGAGUGUUAGCAAUGGACAGAGAAACUCAGCAAGCAUCGUACUCACAGCUUUACCCCUAAGUGUCAACUUAGUUGCCGGUAACUCUACCACAACGUCUGUGAGUGCAACAUGGGAGUUUCCUGGAGGUGUUGUAGAUGAGUUUGAAGUUGAGUGCAACAAUGGAACUAAAAUGAUGAGUGGUGUUGAAGGCAUGGGAUAUCUUGCCUCAUGUGAAGAACUUGAUACACCAGGAGAUAAUUACACCAUGAUUGUUACGAGUGUUAGCAACGGACAGAGAAACUCAGCAAGCAUCGUACUCACAGCUUUACCCCUAAGUGUCAACUUAGUUGCCAGUAACUCUACCACAACGUCUGUGAGUGCAACAUGGGAGUUUCCUGGAGGUGUUGUAGAUGAGUUUGAAGUUGAGUGCAACAAUGGAACUAAAAUGAUGAGUGGUGUUGAAGGCAUGGGAUAUCUUGCCUCAUGUGAAGAACUUGAUACACCAGGAGAUAAUUACACCAUGAUUGUUACGAGUGUUAGCAAUGGACAGAGAAACUCAGCAAGCAUCGUACUCACAGCUUUACCCCUAAGCGUCAACUUAGUUGCCGGUAACUCUACCACAACGUCUGUGAGUGCAACAUGGGAGUUUCCUGGAGGUGUUGUAGAUGAGUUUGAAGUUGAAUGCAACAAUGGAACUAAAAUGAUGAGUGGUGUUGAAGGCAUGGUAUAUCUUGCCUCAUGUGAAGAACUUGAUACACCAGGAGAUAAUUACACCAUGAUUGUUACGAGUGUUAGCAACGGACAGAGAAACUCAGCAAGCAUCAUACUCACAGCUUUACCCCUAAGUGUCAACUUAGUUGCCAGUAACUCUACCACAACGUCUGUGAGUGCAACAUGGGAGUUUCCUGGAGGUGUUGUAGAUGAGUUUGAAGUUGAAUGCAACAAUGGAACUAAAAUAAUGAGUACUGUUAAAGGCAUAGAAUAUCUUGCCUCAUGUGAAGAACUUGAUACACCAGGAGAUAAUUACACCAUGAUUGUUACGAGUGUUAGCAAUGGACAGAGAAACUCAGCAAGCAUCGUACUCACAGCUUUACCCCUAAGUGUCAACUUAUUUGCCGGUAACUCUACCACAACGUCUGUGAGUGCAACAUGGGAGUUUCCUGAAGGUGUUGUAGAUGAGUUUGAAGUUGAGUGCAACAAUGGAACUAAAAUGAUGAGUAGUGUUGAAGGCAUAGGGUAUCUUGCCUCAUGUGAAGAACUUGAUACACCAGGAGAUAAUUACACCGUGAUUGUUACAAGUGUUAGCAACGGACAGAGAAACUCAGCAAGCAUCGUACUCACAGCUUUACCCUUAAGUGUCAACUUAGUUGCCGGUAACUCUACCACAACGUCUGUGAGUGCAACAUGGGAGUUUCCUGGAGGUGUUGUAGAUGAGUUUGAAGUUGAGUGCAACAAUGGAACUAAAAUGAUGAGUAGUGUUGAAGGCAUGGUAUAUCUUGCCUCAUGUGAAGAACUUGAUACACCAGGAGAUAAUUACACCAUGAUUGUUACGAGUGUUAGCAACGGACUGAGAAACUCAGCAAGCAUCGUACUCACAGCUUUACCCCUAAGCGUCAACUUAGCUGCCGGUAACUCUACCACAACGUCUGUGAGUGCAACAUGGGAGUUUCCUGGAGGUGUUGUAGAUGAGUUUGAAGUUGAGUGCAGCAAUGGAACUAAAAUGAUGAAUAGUGUUGAAGGCAUGGUAUAUCUUGCCUCAUGUGAAGAACUCGAUACACCAGGAGAUAAUUACACCUUGAUUGUUAUGAGUGUUAGCAACGGACUGAGAAACUCGGCAAGCAUCGUACUCACAGCUUUACCCCUAAGUGUCAACUUAGUUGCCGGUAACUCUACCACAACGUCUGUGAGUGCAACAUGGGAGUUUCCUGGAGGUGUUGUAGAUGAGUUUGAAGUUGAAUGCAACAAUGGAACUAAAAUGAUGAGUAGUGUUGAAGGCAUGGGAUAUCUUGCCUCAUGUGAAGAACUCGAUACACCAGGAGAUAAUUACACCAUGAUUGUUACGAGUGUUAGCAAUGGACAGAGAAACUCAGCAAGCAUCGUACUCACAGCUUUACCCCUAAGUGUCAACUUAGUUGCCGGUAACUCUACCACAACGUCUGUGAGUGCAACAUGGGAGUUUCCUGGCGGUGUUGUAGAUGAGUUUGAAGUUGAGUGCAACAACGGAACUAAAAUGAUGAGUGGUGUUGAAGGCAUGGGAUAUCUUGCCUUAUGUGAAGAACUUGAUACACCAGGAGAUAAUUACACCUUGAUUGUUACGAGUGUUAGCAACGGACAGAGAAACUCAGCAAGCAUCGUACUCACAGCUUUACCACUAAAUGUUGACCUUAUCCCUGGAAACUCUACUACAACUUCUGUGACUGCAACAUGGCAGUUUCCUGGAGGCGUUGUGGAAGAAUUUGAGAUUCUGUGCAGUGGUGGCAACGGGACGAUCGCCACAGUCCAAGGCAUGGGGUACCUUGCCUCUUGUGAGGGGUUAGAUACUCCAGGAGCUGAUUACACGAUGACAGUUACGAGUUUGAGUAACUCGCAGAGAAACUCAGCUUCAAUUGUCCUUACUGCUUUACCGGAAGCAGUCACUUUGACAGAAGAGAUUGACCAAGUCACCACAGAUAAAAUUGUUGCAUCAUGGAGUAAUGUCACUGGUGAAUUUGAUUACUAUGAAGUCACUUGCUCAGAUGGAGGAGACCCUUUACCAUCAACAGUCAACCCCUCGGAUACCCUGGAAGCAUUUUGUACACUGACUAGUCCUCAACUUGCUGGAGAUAAUUACACCAUGUUUGUGACUACAGUCAGUAACAAUCAGCGCAGUGCAGUGUCAGACAUCACCAUCACUGCUCUACCCAAUGCUGUGGCCCUGAAGGAAGGUCCGUCUAACAAUACCGCCAUCUCGGCUACCUGGACGAUCUCUAACAGUUUGGUGGAUACCUUCAUUAUCACAUGCUCUGAUGGCACCGCAUCACCCUCAUCUAUUUCUGUUGCAUCUCGUCCACAAGAUGAUGAUGAGUUCACAGCUUCCUGUGUCGGUUUGCCGACUGCAGGACUUGAAUACUCCCUCACGGUUGUUGCUCGUAGCUACGGAAAGCAGAGUGCUAGUCGCACUGUGAGAGUUCAUGCCUCGCCAGCUGCAGUUGCCCUUGAAGAAGGAGAUUCUACAACAACUUCAGUGAGCGCCACAUGGAAUAAGCCAGAAAGUGCAGUCGAUAGUUAUACAAUCGAUUGUAGCCUUGGUGAUGCAUUCCCAGCAACCAUUGGAAACACUGAUCCGGAACCCUACACGGCUUCUUGCAUGAAUCUUACUGUACCAGGCGAUACGUACACGAUGACUGUGUAUAGUAUAGUAGAUGACGGUAACACCAGCACAUCAGCAUACAUUGAUCUUGUGGCACUACCGGAAGCAGUUACUUUGACGGAAGAGAUUGACCAAGUCACCACGGAUACAAUUGUUGCAUCAUGGAGUAAUGUCAAUGGUGAAUUUGAUCGCUAUGAAGUGAAUUGUUCCGAUGGAGGAAACCCUUCACCAUCAAGAGUCAACCCCUCAGAUACCCUAGAGGCAUCCUGUACUGGCCUUACGAUACCUGGAGAAAACUACACCCUUUCAGUGACUACAGUCAGUAUUGGUAAACGUGGUGUUGCACUCGGAAAGGAAAAGAGCAGUGCUGAAUCACCCAUCACAAUCACUGCUUAUCCAAAUGCCGUGAACCUGACAGCAACCUCAAUCACAACCAGACAGAUUGCCGUACAGUGGGAAGAUCCAGAUGGAGUGGAAGAUUAUUACAAAGUAGACUGCGGUGCUGAUGGCACCACUAACUUCACUGUCUACCCAAGCGAUGCAACGGAAAACACCUUUGAAGCAACCUGUAAUGUAACAGAAGCUGGGGCUGAUUAUGAUAUAAGAGUGACAAGUGUCAGUGGUGAUAAGGAGAACCCUAUUACUGAAACCUUCACGGCAGCACCUCCAGAAGAAGUGACAUUUGGGGACAGUUCAUCAAACACAACAUCCAUUACAGUCACCUGGGAUCUUUUGUCUGGACCUGAUGGCUAUAGAGUGGACUGUUCCAAUGGCAAAGCUUCCCCAAGCUCUCCUCUUCCUGGUUCAGCUACUGAGGUGACAUGCACUGGGGUAACACCUGGUGGGAAUCACUCUGUCAGUGUCGUCACCUUGGAAAACAACGGGGAAAGUCCAGCUGCUGUUGACUAUGUGGUUGCAGUACCUCUUAGUGCCAUUCUCUCUGCCAACACUUCAACAAUAAACUCUGUGAGUGCCAUUUGGCCCUAUCCUGGAGGGUUGGUCGAAGUCUUUGAGGUCGAGUGUAGCAACGGCACCGAGAGUAACACGACUUUGACAGCCGAUGAAGGUUUUAGCUACGUAGCAAGUUGCGAGGGCGUCUGGAAUCCUGGAGAUAAUUAUACCAUGGUUGUUACGAGUUCCAGCAACGGAGAAGUUAAUCCUGCAACCAUCGUGCUGACAGCUUUACCCCUUAGUGUGGAGCUUACAGCUGGCAAUUCAACGACCAUCUCGGUAUCUGCUGGCUGGGAUUUCCCAGGAGGAGUCGUUGAGGAGUUCGAAGUCGAUUGCAGUAACGGUACCGCCAGGACUUACAAUGUGUGUGCGGAGUAUGAUUUUGUUGCCUCAUGUGAAGAUUUGUACAACCCGGGGGAUAAUUACACUAUGACGGUCACUAGUCUUAGUAAUACGCAGAGAAAUUCAGCCAUGAUCGUACUAACAGCUUUACCUCUUAGUGCCAUUCUCUCUGCCGACUCUUCAACAAUAAACUCUGUGAGUGCCAUGUGGCCCUAUCCUGGAGGGUUGGUCGAAGACUUUAACGUCGAGUGUAGCAACGGCACCGAGAGUAACACGACUUUGACAGCCGAUGAAGGUUUUAGCUACGUAGCAAGCUGCGAGGGCGUCUGGAAUCCUGGAGAUAAUUAUACCAUGGUUGUUACGAGUUCCAGCAACGGAGAAGUUAAUCCUGCAACCAUCGUGCUGACAGCUUUACCCCUUAAUGUGGAGCUUACAGCUGGCAAUUCGACAACCAACUCGGUAACAGCUGGCUGGGAUUUCCCAGGAGGAGUCGUUGACGAGUUCGAAGUCGAUUGCAGUAAUGGUACCGCCAGGACUGACAAUGUGUGUGCGGAGUAUGAUUUUGUUGCCUUGUGUGAGGAUUUGUACAACCCGGGAGAUAAUUACACUAUGAUAGUCACCAGUCUUAGUAAUACGCAGAGAAAUUCAGCCAUGAUCGUAAUGACAGCUUUACCUGAAGCUGUUAAUCUUACUGAAGCAAGCGAGAGUGUGACGACAAACUCUAUAGCUGCAACAUGGGAUAUGCCCAAUGGUAUCGUGGAGUACUUUGAAGUUUCCUGCUCAGAUGAAGGAACUGCUUCUCCCCCCAAAGUUGACUCCUCAGCCAUUCGGAUGGCUUCUUGUGACGGUCUUCCAACUCCAGGAGAUGACUACGAGAUAUCUGUGACGUCGGUCAGCUACGGUCAGCGUAGUCAGACGAACACGAUCACAAUCACGGCAUUACCAGAGGCUGUAGACCUUGAAGAGGGCGACUCCAACACAACUACCAUAUCCACUACAUGGACAGUCCCAAACAGUGUGGUGGAUACCUUCAAUAUCACCUGCUCGGAGGGUAAUGCCUCCCCAGCGUCCAUUUCUGUGAACGACAGUCAACAAGGGAACACCUUGACGGCUUACUGCACGGAGUUACCACGAUCUGGAGAGCAGUAUACCCUCUCGGUCGUUGCUAUUAGCAAGGACAAGCAGAGCGCCACCAGUGUCAUUGAAAUCUACGCAUUGCCGAAGGGAGUUGACCUCGAGGAAGGGCCUUCGACCCUGACGUCGGUCAACGCAUCUUGGACGAAGCAGAAUGGCACGGUAGAGAGUUACAGUAUUAAAUGUUCCAGUGGCACUGCGUACCCACACACCAUCAAUGAUACAAGUGAAGAAUCGUAUUCUGCAGCUUGUGAAGACCUGCCUGACCCAGGAGAUACGUACAAUUUGCAAGUCUUUAGUGAGGUCGGAACAUCCAACAAUUCCAGAGCUUCAAGUAUUAUCCAGCUAGUGGCAGUGCCCGAGUCAGUUGAAGACAUCUCCGUGACCAGUUACACCACAACCAAUGUCACCGUACAGUGGCGUCUCAAAAAUUGCUCAGGCUGCGUCUACAACUACUUCCAGUUGACCUUUAAACCUGAUACUCGGGUACCAAUUGAAGAGGUGUACAUCUCAGAUCAAGUAGAGUAUACUACCGAGGUGUCCGGUUUGGUCCAGGGGAGGAACUAUUCCUUCUCUCUGGUGUCUGUGAGUGGGGUUGGCGUGGACAGUGCCACACUGAAGACUAGCGCAGCAGAGACAGUGGAACAAAGAACAGUUCCUGCCACUCCAACCGAGUUGAGCAUUACCCCCACCCAGCGGACACUCACCGCCGUGUGGAAAUCUGUCGGAGAUGUUGACAACUUUGACAUCACAGUUACACCAAACCAUGGGAGUGUUGUGUUUAAUGGAAACCUUAAUCAACCGUCUGCGGAGAUCUCUGACCUUACCCCGGGGACGACAUAUAGUGUUAGCGUAGUAGCCCUCAGCGGUGAUGAAAGAAGUGAACCAAAAGUGGGAAGCACCCGAACUCUGACUGAUAAGCCAAGUCCUGUCCGCAUCCCUCUUGCAGAAGUAAUAGAUAAAAACAACAUCUUUCUCACGUAUGAGGCUCCAGCAGAACCUAAUGGUGAAAUCACACAUUAUGUUAUAAGCUAUGUUGGAACAAGAGGUGACCUACCGAUUCAUGAGUCCCCUUCCUUCACUGAAAUAGGACUGACUAGGACAGUCAAUGAACUGCGAGCAGGGUUCACAUACGUAUUCACAAUCAUCGCAGUGAAUGAUGGGGAUUAUGAAAGUGACCCAGCGUAUACUGAGCCAGUUACAACGUUCCAAGAAGAACCUGCCCCAGUGCCUGACAACUAUCCUUAUGAAGAAAAUACAGUGAUCCCUGCUGUUUCAACCACCUCAUUCACUGUGCAACUCCCGGAGAAUCUGUUCAGCCAUGACAACGGGGAACUUUUGACGUUUGCCGUCAUCAUCACAACAGAGGCUGGUGAUCCGGCUGUUGCCACAACUACUCUGACGUUCGAUGAGGCUCGAGCUCAGUCUGGGGCUGCAUACAUCACUUCCAUCGAUAACGCAUAUCCAUAUCCUCUUACAUUUGAAUCUCAACGUAAGAGACGAGCAACAAAUGAAGCAGCAGCUACAGUAGUCAUAGGUGAUAAUAUCUGUGUUACCGAUAGCUCCAAGGAGUAUUGUAACAAACCUUUGAUUGAUGACACGGAAUACUAUUAUGCAUUCAGAGCUUAUAAUGACCAAGGAUACCAAACUUCAAGCACAUUCGGACCGGUGAAAACAGUAAAAGACAACACGACUGGCAUUGCAGUCGGCGUGACAGUCUCGGUGGUUACCAUCGUCAUGGUUAUUGUGAUUUCAAUGGUGGUUGUGAAGAAACGGCGUGUACAAGAACCAUCGCCACGUCCAAGUUUGGAAGGUAGUGAUAACCCUGGCUUUAUCGGGCCCGAUAUGGAAAUGGGCAAUCGGAAUAAGAUUCGGCGAAAAAUGGGCAGCUCGAUGCACAGGAAGAGCCAUUCUAAACCCAUUCUACUAAAUGAUUUUGAGGACCAUUACAAACGGAUGAAAGCAGAUUCAGAUUUAAGAUUCACAGACGAGUAUGAUGAAAUUCGUCAAGUUGGUAAAGACCAGGCCAUUGUAGCAGCUACAGAAAUGGUUAAUAGGGCCAAGAAUAGAUUUACAAAUAUUCUUCCAUACGAGCAUUCACGUGUCAAGCUGGCAGCGCUCGCCGACGAGCCGGAUUCUGAUUACAUCAACGCAAAUUACAUGCCCGGAUUCAACUCGCCGCGAGAAUUCAUCGCCUGCCAAGGUCCUCUACCGGGGACGGUCGACGAUGUGUGGAGGAUGAUAUGGGAGAAGAAUACUUCAAUCGUCGUCAUGUUAACUCAACUUGUAGAAAAGGGCAAGAUUAAAUGUCAUCAAUAUUGGCCAGCUGAUUACAAUCCUGUUACCUAUGGAUCGAUACAGGUUUCUAUACAAGCAAUACAACAGUAUGAUCAUUGGGUCAUAAGAGAAUUCAGUGUAGCACAGGGGAAUGAAAUUCGAAAGCUGACCCAGUAUCACUUCAUGUCCUGGCCUGACCAUGGGGUACCAGACCACACUAUCACCAUGCUGGACUUUGUCCGGACGGUCCGCGACGCAAUCCGGAAAGAAGCCAGCGAACAACCGAUUGUGGCGCACUGCAGUGCCGGUGUUGGUAGGACGGGGACCUAUAUCGCCCUUGAUCGUCUGAUGCAAGUCAUGCAAGAGAAUGAUUUUAUUGAUAUCUUUGGUAUCAUAUGUGAGAUGAGGAUGCAAAGGAAUCACAUGGUACAGACUGAGAAACAAUAUAUCUUCAUACACGAGUGUGUCAUGGAUCUCCUUCAACGAGGAGACGAUGAAAUGGAUAACGGGGAAAGCCUCUAUGUCAAUCUCCCCGCUAAUGGUUUCGGUCAUGAAGAUGUCAGUCAGACUCUACUGGACCAGGCUGUCUAGUGCAUUAUGGGAAAGAUAAGAGUUGCAAUGCAUCAUGGGAAGGAUUAUGACAUUUGCAGUGCAUCAUGGGAAGGAUUGUGACAGUUACAGUGCAUCAUGGGGAGGUUUGUGACGGGUGCAGUGCAUCAUGGGAAUGUUUAUGACAGUUGGAUUGCAUCGUGGGAAGGUUUGUCACAGUUACAAUGCAUCACGGGAAUGAUUAUGACAGAUGGAUUGCAUCAUGGGAAGGUCUGUAAGAGUCCAAAUGCACCAUGGGAAGGAAGUUUUGAUCUGAACGUAACAGAGGAGUCAGUCUCAUCUGCAACAAGAAAGCUUUUGAAAAAGAUUGAACGAUCUUUCGAUAUGUACUUUGCAUUGAGCUUCCGCUUUGAAGAAGAAUAUCAAAAAGGUCUGGUGCAUUGAUGUAGUUUCAUAUAAAAAAAACCUAUCUUAGCUUUGCUUUUGUGAUAUCUGAGUCACGAGAUUACAAAAAAUUAGAGGUUCGAUUGUGCCAAUUAUUACCCCAAAAUUGCUUUUUUUCACAUUUUUCAGCAGCUUGCCAAUAAAGGGUGUUUAUGCUUUGUUUCUGUCUGGGAAUUCAUUGUGUGAUAAUGAAAUGAUCCAAGGCUGUAUAUAGGAAUAUCAAAGAAUCAGUUCCCUUCUAUAUUGUUUGCCAUUUAAAGCUAAAUCACAAUGUUGGUUUUAUGGGUUAGGAGACAAGCUUGUGCAAACAUGUAUUGUUUCAAGCACUUGCUUUGUCAUCAAUAAGUCAUUCAUUUUCCAUUAAAUUCAUAGUUGCAUGUUUAUAUACGGCAUUAUAAACGAGAAUUCCACGCUUCAUACACUUUGUCUGUUUUCUGUAAUUGAAUUUAUGGUAUCUUUCAAAUACACAGUAGCUUUCACUUUUUUAAUUUUCUACUGACGCGCUUUAUAUGUUGUAUAUUUUGUCUCAAAUUUCUACUUAGUUCUAAAUGUGUGUAUAGAUGAUUACAACUAUUUUCAUAAAAUGAAUUUUCAUUUGAUAAAAGGAGCUUAUGAGAUUUUUACCAUGCAUUGUAAUUGUUGAACAAACAGACAGUGAAAUUGGUAUUUCCCCCGGGAGAGGAGAAUGUUGCAGGUAACAUAGGUUGUGGGUAAACAAAGAUUUGCUAAUACAAGGAUAGUAAAAUUCUGUAAGUGAUAUACAUGAAGACUGCAUAUUAUAUAGCGAUAUAUUACCGGUAAUGUGUAUUAGUGUUAUUGAUAUUUUAUUUUUGUUGCUUUGUUAAAAGAAAAAAACAUCUCGGAAAACAAAAGAUAGGAAUGAAAAUAGGUAUGUUGUUUCCAAUGGUGCAAUAUAUCCCACACUUUGCCAAAAUUGUUCUAAAGUCUUUCUGCAUCAUGUUGCAUCGACACCAAUGGAAAAUAAUGGCUUGACCUAUGACAUGACCUGUGACCUCUGGUCAGACCUAUGUUCUAUUUUCACUGCAUGUAUGGAGCACUUGUGGAUAUAUGAGGAAUAUCUUGGCAAAACAGGAUGAGGACCGAGGGACUUUAUGGCCCGUAUUCUGAAGUCAGGUUUAACUUGGACCAUGGUCUAAUUCUGCGCUAAAAUUAUGGGAAGCCAAAAAUGUCAAAUUUCUGUUUACAUUGUAUGUUUCUGAGAUGUUACUUGUGCUCUUUCCCGAUUCUUUAUUGGUAAAGACACCUAUCUUAUUUAUCAUUCCCAGAUAUUUAAGAAUUAAUUGAGAUCCAAAUGAGUUGCUAAAUUGAACCUACAUCGUUACAGAUUUAUUUCACAAAUUGGCUAUCCAUAGUUAAACUACAACUUAGGACCAGAGUUUGAAUUAAACCCGUCAUUAGAAUAUGGGCCUAUGGGGGUAACAAUUUUAUACUUUGUAUUAAACAUUACUGCUACAAUUUUUUUGUAUAUUGUUUGUUAUGAAAUCAGGUACAUAUAUAUGUUUAUCAUUACCAAAAGUAAUGACAAACCCGACCAGAAAAUCUGAAGAAUUUCAUAUGAAGACAUAGAUAUAUUUUGUAUUUUUGCAUGUGAAUUUCAAAUGAUUUUUGUGUGCUGUGCUUUAUUAUGAAAAAAAUGAAGGAUUCGUUUAUGAUUAGCAUGAAAUGUUGACAGCAUUAUCGGAAAUUUGAAUAAAAAAAAUAAUCAUGACUGACACACUACACAUGUAUAUGCAUAUGUAAUUCAGAUGAUAUUUACUCACCCACAGUGUAUGUGCACAUUAUCUUCAAUACAUGUAUUUAGUAUUGACAACCAUUUUAUAUUUCUUUAAAAGAACGAUGUGCACCUACCUAAACACCUGUACGUGCAUGUAGAUGUUGGAAAUUAGUUUUACAACUAUUUUCGUAUAUAUUAUUCAGCGUAAAUGGAUGAAGGCUUGUGUGUGAAAACUACCAUGAUUGUUAUUGUUCCAUAUAAUAUAGUGAUGACUUGGUUUUCAUGUUUUUUAUUGUUAUUGUAAUUGUUGUUAAUGUUAAUUUUGCACAUGACAAAUCAAACAGUAAAUGGAAGACACUGGUAAAGCUUACCGUAGCCACCUUCAGGCCAAGGAAUUCAAAUGAAAACCCCUCAAAGUCAUCGACAUGGCUAUGUAUUUCACAAGCAUGUCCACAGUGCCACCUCUGUGAGUAUUUUACUAUUGAAGCCAUGGGUCUGACUUUAAUUCAUGCUCAAUAAUGUAACAUACACAUUGUACAGUGAUAUUUUAUGUACCACAAGCAAUAUUAAGUCACACUUGUACAUUUAGGGAAUCAACCCCGUCGAUUUUGGUUUUUAAUAGGGAUGUAGGUAUUCAUUGGAAAUUCUUUAGGUUUUUGCCUAACUAUAAACUGAUAGGGCCAUAUUCUGAAGUCAGAUUUAACUUUGACCAUGGUAUAAACUCUGCUAAAAUUUAUGGAAAGCCAAAAAUGUCAAAAUUUGUACUUACAUUGAAUAUUUCUUAUGAUUAAUGUGCUCUUUCCUAGCUGGUCAUGGUGAAGAAAGCUAUCUUAUUCAUCCUUCCGAAGCAGUUAAGAAUGAUUUG